AUUUACACUAGUUAUUCAUUAUCGAAUAUAUAGAAAUAGCCAUCAGUAACUAUUAACAAUGAAUAUUUUUUCUUUGUAGAUUAGUUUACUAUUAACCUUACAUUUUAGAAUUCUUCAUCUGUAAAUUCUUAACCAAGGAAAGCAUGUAAAUUUUAUUUUUGAAUAUAUUCUAUAUAUGGAUCAUUAUAAACUAAGUUAUGUAUAUUUUGUUAAAUAUCUAAUAUAUAAAAAUGGCCUGAUAUAUUCAAUACAUAUAAUUAAUUAUCAUAAAAUUCAAUUAUACAGUUUUAAUAACAAUAUUAACUUAUUUCUAUUUACCAUACUAAUUAAGCUUCGAAUUAAGAAUUUAUUAUUUUACAAAAUUAUGGGUAUGGGUUGCUAUUUUAUAUUCCUUAACUUUAUGAUAUGUUCUAUAUCUAGAAAGCUUAUUAAUAAUUUAUUGUUAUGUUUUAUGUUAUUCCGUAUUAUAAAAAUAAAUGGGAUAUUUUAUCUUCUUUUUUUUCUAUAUUAAAUAAGUCUUUUUUGAGUUAAAUAGUUGUCUUUUUAUAUUAUUUAUUUUUAAAAGAGUACAUUUUUUAAAUUUUAUUACUUAUAUUAAAAUAAGAAUUAUUACUAAAGAAUUAAUAGUUUAUUUUUCCGUUUAAAUUUGAUUCUGUAUCUAUUAAUUAUACAUUAUAUUGGUUUGUAUAUUUCUUUAAAUAUUUUUU